GAUAAUCCAAAACACGAAACCGAACUGGAUCGAGAAAAUAUUCGAACUAAUUUACGAGASAGGUUUAUCAGAUUCUUCUUCUUGGCAGAAAUUUCGUUGAAUCUGAAUCCAAAUUCAACGCUUUCCUCGCAAUCAAAUUGUUAGUCAAUCAGUCCUUUGAUUGAGAACCGGGGGUUUGAUUAAGAAAAAAAUUGUUUACAUCUUUGAUUGAUCAAUUAUAAGAACUUGAAAGCAACACAAGCUGGCAUAAAGCGUUUUUGUUUUAAAAAAAUGGCGGAUCUGCUGAGACGGUCUGGAUUACAAGGAAUAGGUACCUGGCUUAAAAAGAAGGUCGUUGAGCCUGCUGUGGAAAUCCUUAGCAGGGGAGCAGAGCCUAAGCAGUUGGCAUUCUCUACAGCUCUUGGCACUACCUUAGGAGUGUUCCCAAUUGUUGGAGUGACCUUUUUUCUCUGUCUGCUGGCUAUAGCAGUGCUUGGAUCUUCUGUCAAUGCUCCAGCUGUGAUGCUGGCCAACUUUGUUGCUACUCCAAUAGAGAUAAGUUUGAUGAUAGUGUUCUUACGAUUUGGUGAGUUUCUUACGGGUGGAGCUCAUUUUCCUUUAACCUCUGAUGCUUUAAAGAAGGUAUUGACGGGCAAAGGUUCAAAGGAGAUCUUGCUAAGCGUCGUUCGUGCGAUGUUGGGUUGGUUGGUGAUGGCCCCCUUUAUCAUGGGUUUACUAUACCUUAUACUUGUACCGUGUUUCAAGGUGUUGGUGCGCAAGUUCAGUUCGGCAGUCUCGAGCCCAAAGAAGGAUGAUGCACCAUCCUACACUGAAGUCUUGAUGCUUAAGGUAAGAGAUGUUUGAUGUUUCGUGUGUGUGUAUGUGUGUGUGUUAUAAGAGGGGAGAAUUUAUAAACUAUGUUCUUUGCUUCUUUCUUUAUCUGUAUAUUAAUCCCUCCCUCUAGUAGUUUGCUUUUGUMAUUGAAGUUUAACGCUAAUUAAUUUCAUUAUUGACCCUAAA